AGCUGAGCUUCCCUUGAUCUUUCUCCCUGGCUUUUCCUCACCUUCCUAUGAGUGACAGGACAAAACAAGCCCAUUCCUAUGACAGCCAAUUUCCAGGAAAAACUAUUAAAACUGAGAUUCUAUAAGGCCUUUUGUUCAUUUUCUUGCCUUUCCCAGUCUUGAAUUGGAUCCAUUGGGAAUCACCCCUGUGUUUCCUCUUUAGUGGAGCAACAUUCUCCUACUUCAUCACCUUUUUGGCCGGGAACAAGGAGCUGGCUCAGCUCCUGUGUGCUGCCCCAAAGCCAAACCCAGGGCUCCCAAGCUCUGCAAAGGUGGCAGUGCUGUAUCCUGAGGGCUCUGCAGUUUUUUGGGAUGUGCAGGAUGUUGGCUGGUGGCCGUGGCUGGGGUUGCCUCUUCCCCAGCACCUCAUCCAGUGCUUCCCCUGUUUCUCCCCACAGAUUUCCACGUGGACGUUCCUGCACUGAGUUAAAAUGGCAGAUGGAUCAAAGGUUUUCAAGAAGACCAGCCCCAACAGCAAGCUUUCCCUCUACCUGGGGAAGAGAGACUAUGUGGAUAACGUGGAUUCAGUGGAAUCUGUCGAUGGUGUCUGCCUGAUCGACCCGGAGUACCUGAAGGACAGGAAAGUGUACGUGACGCUGACCUGCGCCUUCCGCUACGGCCGCGAUGACCUCGACGUGAUCGGCCUGACCUUCAGGAAGGACAUCUACGUGGUGACCACCCAGCUGUACCCGCCCGUGCCCGACCAGGCUCCCAAAACCCUCACUCCUCUGCAGGAGAAGCUGAUGAAGAAGCUCGGGGAGAACGCUUACCCCUUCACCUUCGAGAUUGCCACCAACCUGCCCUGCUCCAUCACCCUGCAGCCCGGGCCAGAUGAUGUGGGAAAGGCCUGCGGCGUGGACUUUGAGGUCAAAGGAUUUUGUGCUGAAAAUCUGGAGGAGAAAAUUCACAAGAGGAACUCGGUGCGCCUCAUCAUCCGCAAGGUGCAGUUCGCCCCGCUGCAGUCGGGGCCAGCCCCGAGAGCCGAGACCACCCGGCAGUUCAUGAUGUCAGACAAGCCUCUGCACCUCGAAGCUUCCCUGGACAGGGAGAUCUACUACCACGGAGACCCCAUCAAUGUGACCGUCAACAUCAACAACACCACCAACAAGGUUGUGAAAAAAAUAAAGAUCGCAGUGGAUCAGAUCACAGACGUGGUCCUGUAUUCCCUGGAUAAGUACACGAAGACUGUGUGCUGCGAGGAGAUAAAUGAGACUGUGGCUGCCAAUUCCACCUUCUCUAAAACGUACUCAGUGACCCCCAUGCUCUCGUCGAACCGCCAGAAGCGAGGCCUCGCUCUCGAUGGCAAACUCAAGCACGAGGACACCAACCUGGCCUCCACCACCAUCCUGAGACCCGGCAUGGACAAGGAGGUGCUGGGCAUCCUGGUGUCCUACAAAGUGAAGGUCAACCUGGUGGUGUCCCGAGGAGGCAUCCUGGGGGAUCUCACUGCCAGUGAUGUUGGGGUGGAGAUGCCCGUCAUCCUCAUGCACCCGAAGCCUGAUGACUCUAAACCAAGCGAGGAGGACAUUGUCAUUGAGGAAUUUGCUCGCCAGAAGCUCAAGGGAGAGAAGGAUGAUGAAGAUGAGAAGGAGGAAGCUGAGAAAGAGGAGAGCUAAGCUGCCAGCCACCCACGCCCCAGUUUGGGACACAGCCACCUGUAGUGUCCCCACUGUGCCACACCUGGCACAGCCCCCUCAGCCCCCACAGUCCCCAUAGGUGCCCCCUCCUCACCCACUCCAAGCCCUGGCAGUGCUGGUGAGAGCUGCUGCAGCUCCUCCCGGGACCGCCCCGCUGGAAAGCCCCACAGUGCUCCCUGUUCCCAUGGGUGGCAGCACAGGGACAGGGACAGGCUGGGUGCGAUGGCCCCGGCUGUCACCUGCCCGUGACAUGUUGUGCACAGCUCUGUGACAUUGAUACCAAUAAAACCACUCGGUGGCCC